GAAUGUGUUACUUUUUUUAUUUAGAAAAUUUCCAAAAAGUUAUUAACUUUCAAUGUGUUUUCAGUAAGAAGUGAUAUUGAUUUAGUAGAAAGAAUUUCUUAAAAUAUGAUCAAUACAGAUACUUACUUCGAAUUCUAAUUCAGUCUUACUUUCAAUCCAGUGGAAAACGAGGAACUUCAUACUCUUCAGACUUUUCACUGUUAAGAAGUAUCUUUUCUCAAAGAAUGAUACUUUUUUAUUUGAUCGUAGUAAAUAACAGUGUACUUCACUUCCAUUUCACGUACUGUCACGGUUAGCGUAUAUUCUUUGUUGUCACGAGGAUGAUUCGAUCCCUCUCAUUGAGUCAUGAAUAAUAUACUCUUAAUUAGUAGCUUUUGAUUCAUAUGAAAGAGAACGCGUGAAGUGUAAGUGCGAAGAAAGAGUGAUGGCUCUUGUUAGAUAUCCUGCUUGACGUUUCGUGUUUAAAAAUUGAUCGUUGAAUUUCCGGGAGAAUCGAACAUUUGUAUCUUCAGCUAUUCGAUGUUCACGAUGCGUUUGGUGCACAGUAAAGAUCGCUCCAUUAUUUGGAUGUGCUUCCUAAUGAAAGUAAUUGGACUAUGGAUAGCGACUAAUAGAGCCGAACAGUUGCGUCGGAAUUUUGCUUUGAUUUAUACACUUUUUGCAUUGAUUACCGCCACCUGUAUCGCGGUAAGAGAUCUGUAUUUCUCGUGGGGCAACUUUAACAAUUGCGUCUACAUAUUGUGCAACAUUCUGUACUUGGUAGUCGGUUUCUUCAAGGUAGUACUUUUGUACGUACACAGACAGAAGUUCUAUGAUUUAAUUAUGUCUGCGGAACGGAACUUCAUAGGUCCAGGAAACGAUCGUCAAGAGCAGAAAAUUUUAAUGGAUUGCAAAAGAUUGUGCGACAUAUUCAUCUUUUUUAUUACAUUUUGUGUACAAGGUACUUGCGCCGGUUAUGCUCUCACGCCUAUCUUAGAAAAUAUUGGAAAGGACGAAUCCGAAAGGCUCUUACCAUUUAACAUGUGGAUUGACUUUCCCACUUCAAUGUCGCCUUACUUCGAAGUGUGUUUCACUAUACAGAUGCUUUGCGUGUAUCACGUUGCAAUAAGCUACCUUUGCUUCGACAAUUUUUUAUGCCUCGUAUGCCUGAACAUAACCAGCCAAUUUCGCAUACUGCAACACAGGCUGACGAGUUUGAGCAACAUAAUUGAGAAGCAAAUAGACGACGGUCAAGAUUUGGAUGCGUACCUGUUGAAAAACGCGAUCAAAUAUCGGGUGAAAUUGAAGAGCUGCGUUAGGCAUCAUCAGGCGCUGAUUAAUUAUUGCAGAAAACUUGAGAACGUGUUUACUUUGAUCGUGCUUAGCGGAGUAUUGUUUUUAGCCAUGUUACUAUGCUUGCAGGGAUUUCAAGUAUUUUUGCUAAAUUCACCACCAGCAAGACGCGUAAGUUUGAUACUAGGCAUGCUGGCCAUUUGUUCUCAACUUUUAAUGUCCACGUUCUGUUCGGAUGGUUUGAUACGUGAAAGUGUGAACGUUGGCCAAGCAGCGUUUUCAGGACCCUGGCACAUAUUCUCCAUGAAUAAAGUUGGCAAAGCUUUGCGACACGAUGUGCUAAUGAUUAUCUUAAGAUCCAAAAAAUCCUGCUGUUUAACCGCUGGUGGAUUCUUCCCCGUCUGUUUGGAAACUUGUACAGCGGUAAAUACACAAUUAUCGAAGAAAAUCGUCGUAAGGUUCUUGCACCGUUUGGAAAUCGUGAGUUGCACGUGGUUCGCGAUGCAGCUCAAAGACGACAAAGAUAUCUCCAUUUCCGCCACGUUUUGUUAUAUGAAGUUCGUGGGAUUUUGGUUGACCACCAAUCAAUACGAAGAACGUUUGAGGAAGUUUGCGUUGAUCUAUACCGUAAUUGCAUUAUUAUUCGCUGUGGUGGUAGAGACGAGGGAUAUGUAUUACACCUUGGGAAACUUUAGUGAGUCUAUUUAUAUCGGAUGUAAUAUUCUCUCACUGAUUAUGGUAUUAUUCAAAUUACUUAUUUCAUUUAUAUAUAGAAAAGAGCUUUACAAUUUAGUUAUAUACGCGAGAACAAAUUUCUGGCAUUCCAAUUACACGCCAGAGGAGCAAGCAAUUAUAAACAAUUGCAAACGUACCUGCACCUACCUCAUUUGUGUCUUCUCAUUUUUCGCUCAAGGCACUAUUGUCGGCUACAUAAUAAGGCCAAUUGUUGAAAACAUUGGUCGAAAUGAAUCAGACAGAAUGCUUCCAUUCAACAUGUGGUUGGAUGUGCAAUGGUUGUCGUUAACACCAUACUUUGAGAUAAUGUCUGUAUUACAGAUUUUAUCUCUGUGCCACGUUGGCGUGUGUUAUCUAUGCUUCGAUAAUUUUUUAUGCAUUAUGAAUCUGCAUGCUGCUAGCCAGUUUCGUGUACUACAACAUAGAUUGACUAAAGUGUACGUCAUUAAUGAUAAAGAGAAAGAUGAUGGAACAGAUAAAUAUUACGCUACGUUUAAAGACUAUAUUAAACAACAUCAGAUGCUAAUUUUAUAUUGUAAUAAACUUGAAGAGGUAUUCAAUCUGAUGGUGCUUGCACAAGUGUUAUUAUUUAGCUUAUUAAUUUGCCUUGAUGGAUACCUAGUACUAAUGGAUGACGCUUCUGCGACCAGACGCAUCACUUUCCUGUUUCACAUACUUGGCUGCAUAUGUCAGCUGUUGAUGUUCACCUAUAGCUGCGACUGUUUGAUACAAGAAAGUUUGAACAUUGCAGAAGCGGCAUAUAAAAGUCCAUGGACAAUUUUACCGGUAGAUGAAAUGGGAAUGAUGGUGAGAAAGGAUCUGCUACUCCUUAUCAUGAGAUCUAGGGUACCUUGUUGCUUAACGGCUAGUGGAUUCUUCGCCGUGUCUUUGGAAACGUACACUAGGGUUUUGAGUACUGCAGUGUCAUAUUUCACAUUGUUAACUCAUUAUUAA